GUGUAUCUCACUCAUUCCUCAUUCACAAUUGUGUUUCCGAAAACAGCCACCACCAAUCUCUCUUUCAAAGCAGAGAAAACCAAAAUACACUUUUAAAACGACACCACACACCAUGACAACCCCAUCAAACAUCCGCAUCCCGACCGAGGCCGAUUUUGCGCCCCUCGCCGAGGCCGGCCUGCACGUUCAACUCCACUUCCCCACCCCGCCCGAGUCCACCACCGCCAUCCUGGUGCUCUUCCACGGCCUGGGCGACAACGAAGCUCCCUACGCCGGGUUUGCGCGGGGCAUGGCCCUGCCGGGUGUGCUGUCCGUCGCCGUGCGCGGCACCUCGCCCUUGCCGCCGGCCAUGCUCGGCCUGCCGCUCGACUCGGGUCCGACCAAGCACUUCCACUACGGGGACGACAUCAAGGUCGGGAGCGGCGACGGCCUGGACCCGGAUCCGGGCUUUGACAAGGCCCGCCGUGCGGUGCUGGAGAAGCUCGUGGGCGACGUCAUCGUCGGCCGCUGCGGCUGGGAAGUGGCCGACGUGCUGCUGUUUGGCUAUGGGCAGGGCGGCAGCCUGGCGCUAGGGUUGGCGUCGAGCGUCAGGAUGGGUCCCGAUGUCGUGGACGUCACCGAGGGCGAUGGUUCUAUCCCCCGUCCCGGCGGAAGGUCCGCCUUCAAGGGCGUCAUCUCGGUCGGCGGGCCUCUCCCGCAGUCCAUGGUGCCGUCCGUUAGCAACAGGCCCAAGGCAUCGACGCCUGUGCUUCUGUGCCGUGGUCGCGAGAGCGAGGACCUCGACGACGAUGCCGUCGAGGAGGUCAAGAAGGAGUUCGACAACGUCGAGGUGGCGACGUGGAAGAAGUCCCAGGAUGGAAUGCCCGAGAGCAGGGAUGAGAUACUGCCCAUCAUGAAGUUCUUUGCAGAUCGGAUGCGGAUAGAGAACAGGUGAGCGCAUCAAAGUAGAAACCGGGUAUUCAGACCCUGAGAUACUUGCAUACCCAGCGGUAGGAUAUCUGUGUAGACCACCAACUCUGGUCCGGAGUGAGCCGUAUAGGGUCUGAUACUCCUUGCUCUCUUGUGAUCAAGCACGAGAAGUUCUUGCCGUAAGGUCCCCCUGUUAGCACUGAGUUUGCAAUCAACCGUUGAUUCUGGUGAUGAACAACUCUCCAGGACACAGACCAGGCGUUCAAGGCGAUCAAGAUUGAGAGAUGAAAAAUGCUAUCAUUAAACUCUUGAGAUGAGUAUGAGAAAUUCCAAGAUGCGACUUAACCUCUACAAAUGCCCCCGACGCCUUCCCAGACGAGUAGUUCUAGAUCCUACCUCCUCCCCCGCUGGCUCCUAAUAAUUACAGAGAUUGCAGUAAAACUUGAUCAUGAUAGUCGUGAGAAGGAAAUAAAGCAGAAAAAAAG